CCAUGCUUGCUUGAUUAGUUUGCCUAAGUAAUCAUCGUGACUCAUCUUUCACGAUGUGCACAAGGAAAGUAGCAAGAGGACUGCAUUUACUCCGAGAAUACUCUAGUAGUAAUUUCUGUGGCAUCUACACAUUUUCUUCUUUAAAAUAGCUCUAAACCACGAGACAAGCAUCCAACCAACCUGACAAUGACUUGGGCCUGCAGGAGCAGCCAAUAAGUCACCUUUCGGCGACGGUCAAACACAAAGCGCCCAAAACACCGCGUGGUAUGGGCAUGGUUGUGAACUUGGGAUGCUGAAAUAGCAAGACGAAGACUUGUUGACUACUAGUAGUACUUUCCACGGAGCUCACAUCUGCUUCACUGAUUCUGCAUAACCGGGUGAGAUCUUUUCUCCGCUGAAAGCUCAUCCCCGCACUAGCCCCCGUUUGUUGCUCCUUUUCUCUCCUAAAGUCGUAAGCCAAGAGCUGCUUCUUCUUACAGUCUCCAUGGGCCCUGCCGGUCUCUACCUUCUCUUGUUCAUCGUGCUUGCAGCUGCAGCACCAUUGCUCUCUGCGUCGCAGCGUUUCGACUACCCCGCAGUGAACCUCUCCACGCUGUGGAUCAACAACAAAGCUUUCCUCCCACACAGCGUCAGCUACUCCGAUGGUUCAGCCGUGCGGGCCAUUGUCCUCCGUUCACCCAAAACCUUCUAUGGCCCCUCCUUCGCCGCAGGAUUCGUCUGCGCCUCCCCCUGCGACUUGUUCCUCUUCGCCGUCUUCAUUGUCUACACCAAUAGUGGUGCCAAGAUCACCAUGCCGACCACUGGGACUCCACAGGUGGUCUGGUCUGCCAACCGGGCUCGCCCUGUCAGAGAGAACGCGACCCUUGAGCUUUCCUCGGAUGGAAACUUGGUCCUUCGUGAUGCUGAUGCUAGCCUGGUCUGGUCGAGCAGCAGCUCUGGGCGGUCUGUAGCUGGCAUGAUGAUCACCGAGGUCGGUAAUUUGGUGUUGUUUGAUCAGAAAAAUGCAACAUUGUGGCAGUCAUUUGCUCACCCUACUGAUGCGUUGGUCCCUGGGCAGUCACUUCUCGAAGGUAUGAGGCUCGUAGCAAGUACGUCUGCAACAAAUUCGACAGAGACUCAGUUGUACAUGACAGUUCAACCUGAUGGAUUGUAUGCUUAUGUCGGAUCCACACCACCACAAGUCUAUUUUUCGAAAUCGGUGAACAAAAACAAGACAGGAAAGGAUGCAACAGAGGUUACCUUCAUGAAUGGCAGCCUCAGCAUCUCUGUGCAGUCCAAGCAACCAGAUGAAUCACACACGAGUAUCCAAUUACCAGCAGCUAACUCCACCCAGUACAUGAGAUUGGAGUCAGAUGGGCACCUGAGGCUCUACGAAUGGUCUAAUGCAGAUGCAAAAUGGGCUGUAGUGUCUGAUGUAAUCAAACUAUUCCCUGAUGAUUGUGCCUUUCCAACAGUAUGUGGAGAGUAUGGUAUAUGCACAGGGGGGCAAUGUGUUUGUCCGCUUCAGAAUAAUUCUAGUUCAAGCUACUUCAAGCCGGUCGAUGAGCGGAAGCCAAAUCUUGGUUGUGUGUCACUGACUCCAAUCUCUUGUCAGGAAAUGCAACACCAUCAGUUGUUGACUCUUACAGACGUUUCUUAUUUUGACGCCGGCCACAUCGUUGUGAAUGCAACAAACGGAGAAGACUGUAAGCAAGCUUGCUUGAAGAACUGCUCCUGCAGGGCCGUGAUGUUCAGGUAUGGCCAGAAUGAUUCCGAUGGAACGUGUCUGUGGGUGACAAGGGUCUUCUCCUUGCAAUCAAUACAACCUGAAAUUGUUCACUACAACUCCUCUGCUUACCUCAAGGUGCAGCUUAGCCCCUCAACUUCUGCCUCUAAUGCAAACAAAAAGAAGGUGAUGUUAGGUGCUACACUUGGAGCUAUUACUAUUCUUGUACUGCUAGUCAUUGCUGUCAUUCUUUAUGUGCGAAGGAAGAAGAAGUACCAAGAGUUAGAUGAAGAAUUAGAUUUUGACCAAAUUCCUGGAAUGACAGUGAGGUACACGUUCGAAAACUUGAGAGAAUGCACUGGAGACUUCAGUAAAAAGCUCGGAGGUGGUGGGUUUGGAACAGUUUUUGAAGGGAAAAUAGGUGAAGAGAGAGUUGCAGUAAAACGUUUGGAAGGUGCUAGACAAGGAAAGAAAGAAUUCUUGGCUGAAGUCGAGACUAUUGGCAGCAUUGAACACAUCAAUCUUGUUAGGCUGAUCGGCUUUUGUGCAGAGAAAUCUGAAAGACUUUUAGUAUAUGAAUAUGUACCGAGAGGGUCACUUGAUAGGUGGAUCUACUACCGCCAUAACAAUGCCCCUCUUGAUUGGUGCACCCGGCACAGGAUCAUUCUAGAUAUUGCCAAAGGCCUAUGCUAUCUCCACGAGGAGUGCAGGCGAAUAAUUGCUCAUUUGGACAUCAAACCACAAAAUAUUCUCUUAGAUGAGAAUUUCAAUGCCAAAGUGGCUGAUUUUGGACUAUCUAAGCUAAUAGACAGGGACCAAAGCAAAGUAAUGACAAUGAUGAGGGGCACACCUGGGUAUCUGGCACCUGAAUGGUUAACGUCCCAAAUCACUGAAAAAGUUGAUGUCUACAGCUUUGGAGUUGUUGUCAUGGAAGUAAUUUGUGGAAGAAAAAAUAUUGACAUAUCUCUUCCCGAGGAGAGUGUUCAGCUCAUCAAAUUGUUACAGAAAAAGGCUGAAGAUAAUCAGUUUAUCGAUUUGAUUGACAACCAUAGUGAGGACAUGGUCUUACACCAAGAGGAAGCAGUUCAAUUGUUGAAGCUUGCAAUGUGGUGCCUGCAAAAUGAUAGCAGUAGAAGGCCUUCAAUGUCAUCGGUGGUCAAGGUACUGGAAGGUUCAAUGAAUAUAGAAACUAACAUUGAUUGCAACCUUAUGAAUGCAAAUCCAGUAAUGUCUGUCCAGCAUAAUCAAUCAACAUAUUCAGUUCCACCUGAAGCAUCGAUUUUAUCUGGCCCGAGGUGAAAUGGGUGCUACUGUAACUUAUAAACUUCAGGCUUUGUAACUACUUUUGUAUCUUAUCUUAUUUAUACUUUGGAAGUAUGUUUUAAAUGGCACCUAGAUACAAGUAAUUUUUAGGCAAUAUAGCACCCUGUGAUGUAAGCUAGUUGAAACACCAUAGAAAAGUGACCUAAGGGGCAGUUUGAAGGAAGAAAUACUCUAAGAGCACAUGUAACGCAAAGUGCUUAUAGAUGAAUGCUCAAGGGGAGAGAUUAUUACUAUUCACUAAGCUCUUGUACAAAAGUUAACACCUACAGUACUUGUUUAGGUGCUUCAAUUGUUUACCGCGCAGGGUAGCAGCAAUCUAAGACCUUCUGUGGCUUGGAACAUUUGGAAUGAGCGCAAUAGAAGGAUCUUCAGGCAUGAACAACUGAAUGCUGCGGGUGUUUGCUCUUUGAUCAGAGAUGAGUUAGGCCUCCUUAAGGAGGCGUGGGAGUAGUCUUGUAGUUUUUCUGCCAGGAUGCAGUUUGCAUCUCUGGAAAAGAAAAAUUGGCUGCUGGUGUCUUUUUAGUUGCAUUCCCGGUUGCUUUGACAGCACGUUGUACAGUUUUUCCCUCUCUUAAAUGAAAAGGCAGAGCACCUGCCAUUCCAGUAAAAAAAAAAGAAAACAAAGAUCAAAUCAUGUGGCUCAAGCUCAGUUGGCAGUGACUGAAGGUGCUAUGGAGAGGAUGAGAUCAGUGGCACCGAAUAGCUAGAAGCUCUGGCAAGAGGACGAAUCUGUAGGUGCCAUGAGGAGACGCGCUGCUGACAGCAAAAUGAAGCGCCUCAAGGUUCCUCAGCCUCUGCCGCCACACGGCCACACCUAGCCUUAGGUGCCUUGCAGGCUUGCAGGGACAUCAAUGGUGGUCCCCAGAAGCAGUGUAAUUCAAUGGGGCAUGAGGGCCAGCACACUGGCAAUACACAGUGAUUGACUCCAUGGGGCACGUGCUUCGAAGAUGAAGAGGCAAAGUUUACAGAUAUAUGGUACUCGUCGUUAAGUUGUUUGAAUACAUAUGGCUUUUAGGAUGAACUCACAAGAUGGUAGUAACGACUUUGCUACAUAACCAACAAAAAAAAAUCUCUGUCGCACCAACUAAAUCUUUAUUGUUCUAUUUCAGGAUUUUUUUUAUUUGUCUAGAAAGUCACAUACAAAAUCUUGCUCCCAGGGACAAGCUUAUGACGAUUUUUUUUUUCUAGAAGGCUCAACAACUGGUGCUUUUAUUUCUAAAUAAAACAAAUUAAGCAAGGGGAAACAGUAUAAUUACUAUUUAAUGAGUAAACAAUGAACAAAAAAGAUAAGUGUUAGGCUCGUCAAUUUUUGUUGUCUGCGCCCAUUAUCUU